GUUCUUUGUGCCCAUCUCCCACGCUCCCCUCAGACCUCUGCACCUGCCCACUCACAGCCAACUUGGAGGAGGCGGUUGAGGAAGAGGAAGUGGGGGUAGAGCUGGGUCACGCUGUGGUUACACCAGGCUGUGGCAGCCGGUGCUGCCUCGGGCCUCCAGGGAACCCGGGCCGAGGAUCAUGGGGUCCUCUGGAGCCUGCAGCCAUGCUGGGCACCAACUCCACUGCAGACCAGGCGCCACAUGGUUCUGAACCCAAGACAUGCAUCCAGCCCUUUGACCCUGGUGCUGCGGCCUUGACCACCGGGAAGAGCCGUGGAGCCUGGACACCUGGGGACCCAGAUCUCAUCUCCGCCAUGCAGGAUGAGCAGGAGGACGGUUUGGCAGAGCAGCUCAGCGACAGCACAGAAGACCUCAGCCUGGAUUUGGGGGCCCUGGAAGGCAGCGAGUAUCUCCAGGACCUGGGCCUAGGGCCCCCUCCCCAGGGCCCGCAUGGAGGAGCUGCGGGCAACAGCACCCCAAAAGCGGAGAGAGACUCGUCCUUCUCCAGCUCGGAGAGGGCCGAGGCCCAGGUGCGGCGACGCAGCUGGGAGAGGUCUCGGAGCUGCUCAGAGAGCUGGCAGAGGCUCAGCAGUGACAGUCCGCCUACGGAUGAGAGCCCUUGUUUGUCUCGGACGCUGGCCAGUCUCACACUCAACCUAUCAGGAGAAGGCCUGAAGACCUGGACCCAAGGGUGCCUGUCUGGGGGCGGGACCGCAGCAGAGCACUCAAGCAAGGAUGGCAGGAUCCCCGAGAAGAGAGUGAGGUCCAGGUCGGCACCCCAGCAGGCCCAGCAGGCCCAGCAGGCCUACAAAGAGAUCAGCUCCACUGAGCUCACCCCGAGCUCAGAAGCAGCGCCUGCACAAGGUCUCGAACCCCCAGAGCUGGAGAACCUAGAGAAGGACCACGUGGAGCCGGACCAUGUGCUGAUCGUGCAGCAAGUGCUUCAGGAGCUUCGCCAGUACCACGGGGCCCGGCAGAGGGCGCGCCUGGCCGCCAGCCCCGGAGCAGCCACCGCCAGCCUCACCUGGUUUGAGUUCCUGUCCGAGAGCGAGGAUGGGGCCCUCAAGAAUGAGAAGACUGACAAGAGCACCAGGGUGAAGCGGAGUCUGAGCUCCCUCCGCAGCCGGGUCACCAGGCAGAAGGAGAAGGGGAAGAGCCCGGCACAGCUGAAGGACAAGGCCCUGGACAGCAGGGACAGGGGGGAGUGUGUCCACGGGCACCAGCUGCCGCGGGGGACCUUCGCAGGCCACUCCAGCUGCCCGUUGUGCAGCAAGCCCUGCCUGCACCCUGCCUCCAUGAAGGAGCCCCCGCCACGGGGCACCCUCCUGUCCGAUGGCAGCCCGGCCCCGUCCAGGAAUGUGGUCGGCAUGACGGGCUCACAGAAAGGGGGUCCCCAGCCAACACCCAGCGCUGUGGGCACUGGAACCGGAACAGGAACUGGGGUGCGACUCGGACCAGUCCCAGGAGAGAUGGAUGAAGCUGAUUCAGCAUUUCUAAAAUUUAAGCAGACAGCUGAGGACUCCCUUUCCCUCACACCCAACACAGAGCCUGUCUUCGUGGAAGACCCCUACACAGCCUCGCUGAAGAGCGAAAUCGAAUCAGAUGCCCAUGAGUUCGAGGCUGAGUCCUGGAGCCUGGCUGUGGACCCGGCCUAUGCCAAGAAGCAGAAGAGGGAGGUGGUGAAGAGGCAGGAUGUGCUCUACGAGCUGAUGCAGACCGAGGCGCACCACGUGCGGACACUGAAGAUCAUGCUGAAGGUCUACUGCAGGGCGCUGCUGGAGGAGCUGCAGUUCAGCAGCAAGGCCGUCAGCCGCCUCUUCCCCUGCGUGGACGACCUGCUGAUUUUGCACAGCCACUUCCUGGCCCGCCUCAAGGAGCGCCGCCAGGAGGCGCUGGAGGAGGGCAGCGAGCGCAACUAUGUUAUCCAGAAGAUUGGGGACCUUCUGGUCCAGCAGUUUUCAGGUGAAAACGGGGAGAGGAUGAAAGAGAAAUACGGUGUGUUUUGUAGCGGCCACAACGAAGCGGUCAGUCAUUAUAAGUUACUGCUGCAGCAGAACAAGAAAUUUCAAAACUUGAUCAAGAAAAUCGGCAACUUUUCCAUCGUGAGGCGCCUGGGCGUACAGGAGUGCAUCCUUCUCGUCACGCAGCGCAUCACCAAGUAUCCAGUGCUGGUGGAGCGCAUCAUCCAGAACACGGAAGCUGGCACUGAGGACUACGAAGACCUGACCCGGGCCCUGGACUUCAUCCGCGACGUCAUCUCGCAAGUGGACGCCAAGGUCAGCGAGUGGGAGAAGGGCCAGCGCCUCCGGGAGCUUGCAGGCAAAAUGGACCUGAAGUCCUCCAGCAAACUCAAGAACGGGCUCAUCUUCCGCAAGGAGGACAUGCUGCGGCGUCAGCUCCACCUGGAGGGCACGCUGUGCUGGAAGAGCACAUCGGGGCGCUUGAAAGAUGUCCUCGCUGUGCUGCUCACGGACGUGCUGCUGCUGCUGCAGGAAAAGGAUCAGAAGUACGUCUUUGCUUCCGUGGACUCCAAGCCGCCUGUCAUCUCCCUGCAAAAGCUCAUCGUACGGGAAGUGGCCAAUGAGGAGAAGGCCAUGUUUCUGAUCAGCGCCUCCCUGCAAGGGCCCGAGAUGUAUGAGAUCUACACCAGCUCCAAGGAGGAACGGAACUCCUGGAUGGCCCACAUCCGGCGCGCCGUGGAGAGCUGUCCGGACGAGGAGGAGGGACCCUUCAGCGAGGCCGAGGAGGAGAGGAAGAUGGUUGCCAUGAAACUCAAGGACUUCCAGGUGCGUCUGAGCCUGAAGGACCAGCUGAUAGCACAAAGCCUCCUGGAGAAGCAGCAGAUCUACCUGGAGAUGGCUGAGAUGAGCGGGCUGGAUGACCUGGGCCCAGCGCGUGGCCUGUCCCGCGGGGGCGACCCUGCAGAGACCCUGCAGGGUGAACAGCUCCUCCGGUCUGCCAUGAGCGAGGUCGAGGGCAUCCACAGCCUGAUCUGUAGGCGACUGGGCAGCAUCACUGGCCAGGUGGAAGAAGGAGGCAACAGCUUCAUGGGCCUGCCCCGGAGGGCAGAGACCUUUGGGGGCUACGACAGCACCGGCAGCCCCGGCAAGAAUGGCAGCGCUAAGAAGGUCUGCAGCAACGACCCCAGGCCCCGUGAUUGGCAGGGCCCUGCUGGCAGCAGCCUGGACUCGAAGCUCAGGGACAGCGACAUGCUGGGAGGCAUCGAGGAGCCCCCUCAGGUGAUGGAAAUGCCUGGUACAGAGACGGGCCUGCGACUGCCCAGCAUCCUGGAGUCGGAGCUUAUCCGGAGGAUCCAGACCCUCGCCCAGCUGCUGCUCAGCCUCCAGGCGGUCAUCGCACAGCAAGACAGCUUGGUGGAGAUGCAGCGAGCCGCCAUCCAGGAGCGCGAGAAGCAGUUCCGGCUGCAGUCGACGCGCGGGAACCUGCUGCUGGAGCAGGAGCGGCAGCGCAACUUUGAGAAGCAGCGCGAGGAGCGGGCAGGUGUGGAGAAGCUGCAGAGCCAGCUGCGGCAGGAGCAGCAGCGCUGGGAGCGCGAGUGCGCGCGGCAGCGGCAGGAGCUGGAGCUCGCGGGCGCGCGGCUGCAGGAGCGCGAGGGCGAGGCGCAGCAGCUGCGCGAGCGGCUGGAGCAGGAGCGCACGGAGCUGGAGCUGCAGCGCCAGGCCUACCAGCACGACCUGGAGCGGCUGCGCGAGGCCCAGCGCGCCGUGGAGCGCGAGCGCGAGCGCUUGGAGCUGCUGCGCAGGCUCAAGAAACAGAACACGGCGCCCGGGGCGCUGCCCCCCGAGGUGCUAGCCGAGGCUCAGCCUCCAAGUCACCCUCCCAGCUUUAACGGGGAAGGGCUGGAGGGGCCCUCGGUGCAGGCCAAGGCCCCAGGUUCGCGGAUGACCUUGCUGCUGUCUAGCACUGGACUGGAGUUUGCAGAGCGCCCUGAGGUGGCCCGGCGGGACAGUGCCCCUGCCGAGAGCCGGCCCGCCAAGAGCGAGGUGCCCAUCCAGCUGCUCAGCGCCACCAACCAGAUCCAGAGGCAGGCAGCUGUGCAGCAGCAGAUCCCCACCAAACUGGCCGCCUCCACCAAGGGUGGCAAGGACAAGGGCAGCAAGAGCCGGGGCUCCCAGCGCUGGGAGAGCUCAGGCUCCUUCGACCUGAAGCAGCAGCUGCUGUUAAACAAGUUCAUGGGCAGGGAGGAGGGCACCUCGAAGAACCGCCGCUCGGUGAGCCCCAUCCUGCCUGGCAGCCACAGCUCCACGCCCACCUCGGACCCCUGCUGCCCAGCCACCAGCCCGGCUCCAGUGGACAUCUCCCCUGAGGCCCUCAUCUUCCCGCCCUUGCCCCCGUGCCCCUCACCGCUGCCAGCCACGCCGGUGCCCACCAAGGAGGAAGCGGCCAACAAGGAGGACGUCAUCUUCUUCUGAGGGCUGCGGCCCUGGUGCAGGUCCCUCCUACCUUGCCCACCUGGCUGCCCCCUCCCCCUGCCUGCGCGCACCCUACAGCCAGCGGGCUGGGUCAGCCUGUUGGUGCUUCGGGUCUCUCGGCUCUUUCUGUAGGAUUAGUGGAGGCACCUGGGUGAUUUUUCUCAGUGGCUUUAUACAUAUGGAAGUUUUUCAUGGCAGGUUGAACCCAAGUUAAAUCCAGGAGCUAUUUUAAGCCAUGGGGUAGGUGAGAGAGCAACUCCCAACUGGUUUUCCCAAACAGCAAAAGCUGGGGGAGGUCCCCAUGGGGCUGGGAGAGGGCCAGAGAUCUGUUGCAGGCACUGCGGGAGUCCUUAGGGCGCUGAAGGGGCCCAGUGCCUUGGGCUACGGUGGGCCAGAGGCAGGCAAGACCUUUGCACAACAGAGAACCCUGCUGGCCACAGAGGAGACGGACAGCUGGGAGAGCUGGGUAGCCUUGGGAGUAGAGUGUGACCCUGGGCAUCCAAGCAGGCGCUGCGGGCUUGGAAGGACUGAGCAGGCGUCGCCCCUGGUUCCUUGGUGGAGGCUGCUGUCCUGCCUAUCCGGAGUGGGAGCCCCAAGCCUUGGGCCUCAGCCAGGGCCACAGGUUGCAGGCUGGAUCCUCCUUCCUCCAGGCUGCUAGGAAGAAGCCUCCAAGGCCUUGUCCCACCUACCACAUCCAAGGACACAAGGCGCAAGCACCCUGAGAUGUUGCCAGCUGCAGGAUAAAUGGCCAUCUUGGUGGCACCCCAUUUUCAGGAGUGCAGCUGGGGGUUCAUGUUUCAAGCCUCAUGCCCACCCUGGCUGCACCAAUUUGAGGUGGUGGCAGCUGGACCAGACCUCAGGCUGGCUGUCCUUCCUCCUGGAGGGGUGCCCUUUGGGUCACAGCCAGCACCAGGGCCCUCUCCCACGCCCAGCAGGGCCUCUGUCUGACAGACAUGCAAGUGGGGAUGUUCCCUGUGUGAGGCCCAGGAGGGGAGCAGGCGAGCACGGGCCCUGGCAGCGCAGGUCACAGCCCUGUGAGCAGGUGGCAUGCUGUCCCCACACCAUCACCAUCCCUGGGCUCCUGGUUCCUCCGAGAGCCUGGACGUGUCGUGCGGACCUUUCUGUCAGCGCUGUCCUGUGUCCUGAGCGCCCCCCAGCACCCGCCAGGUCCUGUCUGUGCCAUGUUCUAAUCAGUGUUGUAUAUUUUGUAUUGAGAUGUUCGGAGCACUUUAGAAAAGCUGACUUUGAGUUCUGCGCUGUCGUGAGCAGAAAUUUGUAGAACCCCCCCCACACAACCUAAGUACUCUGGUCCCACAGGGUAUUUGGGGGUGGUGGGGGCUCCCCAGUCACUCCUGGCAGAGCCCAACUUUACAGAGUGUUUGAGUGGGAUUUGUCCGUGUCACUGGUGUCUGCUGUGGCCGUGACCCUGGCCCACCUAUUAUGCUUUAGUGACUCUGUUUCCUCACUGUGGGAUAUUUUGGGAACACCUAGAACUUCGGGUCAGGCUCCUAGCAAUAAAAGUGUCCAAGAUGA